AUGGCUCCUGCGACUCAAUACGAACUUUCGCCGUCUCCCACCGACGCGGUGUCGUCGAUCGCGUUUGCGCCAUCCUCUGGAACCAAGCUCCUUGUUUCGUCAUGGGACAAGAAGGUGUAUUGCUACGAUAUCGCAGGCGGAGCUGGCGAAACCACUCUAAUCAAUACAUAUGAGCACCGAGCGCCUGUUCUAGAUGUCUGUUUCGGAGCCAACGACAAUGAAGCCUUUACUGCUGGCAUGGACUGGGCUGUCAACAAGAUCGACUUGGAGACUGGUGAGAAAACUCAGUUGAGCAAACACGCUGCGCCAGUACGAUCUAUAGCUUACAGUCCUACAUUUUCUAUCCUGGUUUCUGCUUCCUGGGAUUGCAGCUUGAACCUUCACAACCUGAACGACCCUUCGAGCACCCCCAUAAGGGUAUCCCUUCCCGGUAAACCCCAUGCGCUGGCUGCGAGCCCCACAAAGAUCGUGGUUGCUAUGGCGGGUCGAGUUAUCAACAUCUAUGACCUGAAGACCAUUGCCGACCUUUUUGCAACCGGCUCAUCCGACCUUCAGCCAUGGCAGCAGCGUGAAUCAUCCCUGCGAUACCUUACCCGCGCAGUCUCUUGCAUGCCCAACGAUGCCGGAUACGCCACUAGCAGUAUCGAGGGUCGAGUUGCAGUCGAGUGGUUCGAGGACACACCAGAGUCGCAGGCUCGAAAGUAUGCUUUCAAGUGCCAUCGUCAAGCUGCACCAGAUGGCGAUGGAGAUAUCGUGUACCCUGUCAACGCCUUAGCCUUCCAUCCUGUGCACGGAACGUUUGCUUCUGGAGGUGGUGAUGGAACCGCGGCUCUGUGGGACGCCGAGGCAAAGCGAAGACUGAAGCAGUAUCAGAAGUUCCCCAACAGCGUUGCUGCACUUUCGUUUUCGAGUGAUGGCAAGUAUCUUGCCGUUGGUGUAUGCCCUGGCUUCGAGACCGGACAGGAAGAUUACAACGGUGCUGGCCAGACAUCAGUUUUGAUUCGGGAGCUCGGCGAGAACGAAGCCAAGGGCAAGGGGGCCAAAUAG